AUGCCACGCAAGAUAGAAGGCUUCUUGGUUUUACUUCUCUUUGGCUAUGAAGCCACGCUGGGAUUAUCGUCUACUGAGGAUGAGGGCGAGGACCCCUGGUAUCACAAAGCGUGCAAGUGCAAUUGCCAAGGAGGCGCCAAUGCCCUGUGGUCUGCGGGGGCCACCUCCUUAGACUGCAUACCAGAAUGCCCAUAUCAUAAGCCCCUGGGUUUCGAGUCAGGAGAGGUUACACCAGACCAGAUCACCUGCUCCAACCCGGAGCAGUACGUGGGCUGGUAUUCCUCGUGGACUGCCAACAAGGCCCGGCUCAACAGUCAAGGCUUUGGGUGCGCCUGGCUCUCCAAGUUCCAGGACAGCAGCCAGUGGUUACAGAUAGAUCUGAAGGAGGUCAAGGUGAUUUCGGGUAUCCUCACCCAGGGUCGUUGUGACAUUGAUGAGUGGAUGACCAAGUACAGUGUGCAGUACAGGACUGACGAGAACCUGAACUGGAUUUACUAUAAGGACCAGACUGGAAACAACCGGGUCUUCUAUGGAAACUCAGACCGAACCUCCACAGUCCAGAACCUGCUGCGGCCCCCCAUCAUCUCCCGUUUUAUCCGGCUGGUCCCACUGGGCUGGCACGUCCGCAUUGCCAUCCGCAUGGAGCUGUUGGAGUGUGUCAGCAAGUUUGGCCCAAGAGCUAUCACUGGCUACACGGAGAAGGCCCAUCAGCUGAGUCCAGGCUUGGUACAAAGUGGUCAGGACCUACAUCCUAGGAAAGGCGAUGUGGCUAUGGCCCUGUCAAGAUUCAGUGACAUUCCUUUUCAACUUCAUAGAGCUGCCAACUGGGGCACAAAUAACAGCAAUAAUGUCACAUCUCAUAUUUAUGGAGAAUCUACCAAGUGCUUUGCAGGUUAUCGUUUCAUUAAAUCCUUACAACAGCACUAUGAGGAUGCACCUUUUAGCAGGCCCAAGACAAUGGAAACGAGCAAUAGGAUUCCAGGGAUUCGAGAACAGUGGUUAGAAGAUUGUUUAAGAGAAUGGGAUCUGAAGAAUUCAUACUUGCAGUUUUGUAGCCUGGAGAGACAAGGCCCGAGCCUGGCUCUGCAGACUGGUGGGCUUGGAAUACGGCAGAGCAGGGUUCUCAACUUCAGCACUAUUGAUGUUUGGGGCUAG